AAUCCCUCCUGCCUCUGGAGGAGGCUCAGCACAGAAGGAGGAAGGACAGCAGAGCUGAAGUAUUUGGACAGCAGCGCUUGUGAGCAUUUCUGGAGCCCAAGCUCUUCUCACAGAGGAAAGGACAGAGCAGGCAGCAGACACCAUGGAGCACCCGUCAGCCCCUGCCCACAGAGGGCACUUCCCCUGGCAGGGGCUCCUGCUGGCAGUCUCUCUCACAACUUUCUGGAACCAGCCCACUGCCGCUCAACUCACUAUUGAAUCGGUGCCGACCAAUGCUGUCCAAGGGCAGGAUGUUCUUCUGCUUGUCCACCAUCCGCCUGGGGAUCUGGCAGCCUAUGUCUGGUACAAAGGGGCCAGAGUAGAUCCCAACCAACACAUUGCAUUGUAUGCGAUAGGGCAACAAGAAAUUAUCCCAGGGCCUCUAUACAGUGGUCGAGAGACAAUAUACUCCAAUGGAUCCUUGCUGUUCCAGAAUGUCACCCAGGAGAACACAGGAUACUACACUCUACAAGUCAUAAAGGCAAAUUUCCAAACUGAAGUAGGACUUGGACACCUGCAAGUAUACCUGGAGUUAACCAAACCCAACAUCACAUGCAACAACUCCAACCCUGUGGAGCAUGAGGACCCUGUAGUGUUAACAUGUGAACCUGAGACUCAGAACACCACCUACCGGUGGUUGAUCAACAAUCAGAGCCUCCUGGACAGCGCCUGGCUGAAGCUAUCCUUGGACAACAGGACUCUCACUUUAUUCAACAUCACAAGGAAUGACACUGGACCCUAUGAGUGUGAAACCUGGAACCCAGGGAGUGCUCGUCGCAGUGACCCAUUCUACCUCAACAUUCUCUAUGGCCCGGAUGCCCCCACCAUUUCCCCCGCAGACUCCUAUUACCAGCAAGGGGCAAACCUCAGCCUCUCCUGCCAUGCGGCCUCUAACCCACCUGCACAGUAUUCUUGGCUUAUCAACGGGAGGCCCCAGCAAUCCACACAGGAGCUCUUUAUCCCCAACAUCACUGCGAAUGACAGUGGAUCCUACACCUGCCUCGUCCAUAACUCUGUCACUGGCCUCAAUAGGGCCACAGUCAAGACCAUCACAGUCUCUGAGCCAGUGGCACAGCCCUCCAUCCGAGCCAGCAACACCACAGUCACAGAACAGAAGGAUGCUGUGGUCCUGACCUGCCUCACAAGUGACACUGGAAUCUCCACCCAGUGGUUCUUCAAUAACCAGCAUCUAGGGCUCACAGAGAGGAUGAAGCUGUCCCAGGACAACAGCACCCUCACCAUAGACCCAGUCAAGAGGGAUGAUGCUGGGGAUUAUCAGUGUGAGGUCUCCAAUUUAGUCAGUUCCAGCAAAAGCGACAUCCUCAGGCUGUAUGUGAAAUAUGCUCCAACACCAGGAAAUUCUGCUGGCCUCUCGGCUGGGGUCAUUGACAGCAUCGUGGUUGGAGUCCUGGCUGGGGUAACUCUGGCAGCUCCGCUUCACUUUCUUUAUAUCUGAAAGAUUUGAGGGUCAGGGCCACUCUGACAACUCCCCUAACAAGAUGGAUGCAGUUGCAUUUUCUUCCCUGAACUUCAAUGUCCAGGAAUCAAGGAAACCAACUUCAGCCUUCCCACCCCAUCAGCCAUGGAAACAGUUUAUUCAGACAUGAAACAGAAGUACUGCAACCUGCCCUGUUCGCUGCACUGCUGACUUACUCCAAGCUUCUCAUUCUCAUCACUGGAAGGAUCCCUUUACCCUCAGGGAAAAGGGGAAGAAGCCCACCCAUUCCUCCCCACUCCGUUUAACUUCCAAAUGAGGAGCCUCCAGGCUGCCUGGUCACAGCCCCUCCCUUCAGUGUCAAUAAAUGAAAAGGUGCAUCCGGGAGUCUGUAGGAAACCCAACCUUCCUAGUCUUUGAAAUUUGGCAAAGCAGACUUUCGAAGAGAGUUGCCAGAACCUCCCACUCCUCCCCCUCUCCUGACCUAGACUUGCUUUAAAUUUACCUAUUCAGAGCACACUCAUUUCUUCCCACUGCAGUCUGGCCAUAUAGGAGUCUUGAAUUUGCCAAUAACCUUGAGAAUUAUGUCCUUAUCCACUGAAAUGCAUGUGCCAGAAAAGAAUAAACAAAAAGUAAAAGUAAAAGCUUCUCCCAUCUCUCCAAGCCCAGGGUGAAUACAUCAGACACAGGAAAAGAAAUAUGUAACCAAUUCUGGACUGGGAAAUUCUACACAUUUGUCCACUGUCGGGGUUGUCCACCUAUCGGAUGAGGCCUAAACACCUUGCUGCUUAGCUAGAAUACCACCUAAGCUCCUUGGCAAGCCUGUCUUCAGAGAACCCACUAGAAGCAACUAGGAAAACUGUUUUCCAAGGUCCAUAGGUGAGUCCUAAUGGAAAAUACGAAAAAAAAAAAUGCAGGUUUUAAUCACUUCAUGGUCUUUAUUCAAGUCAAUGCCCACAGAAGGAGGGUUAUGGAUUUAGGGAGGAGUCAGCUGUUCACAGAGACAACCUGCUGGGAAUUUGGGAAAGGAAUAGAGAGCUACCCUUCAGAGAUUAUUUAAAUGAUUGUUAAAGAAUGCUCAAUGUUGGAUAUUGGGUUUUUUCCUUUUUCUCUGAGAUAUUCUGCCAUUUUAUUUUUUGUAACUGCUUAUUUAUGUGAGAGGGGUUAUUUUUACUUAGCUUAGCUGUGUAAGUCAAUCUGAUUGCUUUAGAUAAAAGAAGUCACCAAAACUUAUCAAGAUCACUUGGCCAGGAGCUCCUCAAGGCUUUUGUCUCAGAGGCUCCAAA